UUCUUAAUCAAUUCUUAAUAACGGGAGGGCUUCAUCGGCAAACAUGUCCCGGAGCUCAUUCCGCGUGCGAGCAUGCGACAAUUGCCGACUCCGAAAGAUCAAAUGCGACAAGUCGGUUCCAUGUUCUAGUUGUAAUGUGUUAGGAAUUACAUGUAGCGCUGGGGGUUCGACGCCUUCUGCUACUGCCACUGCAACUGCCACUCCCACUAGAGCGCCACGGGUCCAGAAUGACGAGUACGAGCAAAGGUUCCAGACUAUCCAGGAACAACUCAAUUCCAUCCAGCAGACGCUGCAGCAGAUCUCAAGGGGGUCUCCGGCUGCAACUCCCCCGGCGCUGGCGGUAUCCAGCCCAGCUCCAGCACGACAGACAGUGCCUCCGUUUGAAGGGCAGUCUUCGUUUCACCAUGAGACCCUCGUCGCUCGAGACGCCGCACUGUCAGCUGUCGUUGCAGCUCGCGGCGGAGAGUUGAACGACCAGGUCUCUUCUGCGCUGUCGUCGCUGAAGGAUAGUCUCGACACGCAUGCGCCUGGUCCAGCACAGGGAUCAUCCGAGACAUCGCGCACCCGAGAGCCAUUGCUCCCAGUAGAUCUUGUUGUUGCGGUGGUGAAGAAGGUCAAGGCACAACCCCCGUUUUUCCUGGUCAGUCAAUCGUGGAAAGACACCCGGCAGCUUGAGUCGCUGUGCCAGUCGAUUUAUUUUCCAAUUGAGCCGGUUCCGUCGGGAUCGACGACGCUGCUACAUGGUUUGCUGUACUUUGUUAUCCGGGAUUACAUCCACGAGGGAGAUCCUGACCUCGCGCGGUACGAUCUCGGCUCUAGCAAAUCUUUCUGUGAGAGAAGCUUUUCAGCUGGUCUGGAUAGUCCGCAGAUGCUAGCAGAUCCAUCGCUGGAGAAAGUGCAAGCACUAUUAAUCGGGAUCAUCAAAGCACAAGAAGAAUUCGACAUCCAGCGCUGCUGGACGUACCUUUCGAUCGCAUUCAAUAUGUGCCAGACCAUGGGCAUGCAUCGAAAUGCAACAUCUCUAUCCGAUCCCCUCCCCCUGGCUGAGACUAAACGCCACGCAUUCUGGUCGCUAUACACCAUCGACAAAAACGUAUCGUUGAACAUCGGCGUCACCUCGCAUUUCCAAGACCACGAUAUCGACGCCAACCUGUAUACCCCGUCGGCCGAUCACCGGCAACACUCCUGGGACCUCAUCAACCUCAUCACCGUUGAAUUCGCCGCUAUUCAAGGCAAAGUCUACGACCAGCUCUACUCCAUAUCCGCAACCAGAGCAAGCGAGGAGGAGAAAUUAAGCAGGAUCCACGCACUCUCCGUGGACCUCAUGGCCGUACGGAACAAAUUACUCCAAAUCGACGUCAGCAAAGGCCUCUACGCAGACUCCCUCCACGGCAUGACCGCCUGCGCCGACUUCAUCGCCUACUCCGUGUUAACGGUCAUAUACCGCGCGCAAACCCGCGCCGCAGACGCAAUGGCCGUCUCAUCGGAAUGCUACGAAGCCGCGUCUAUGGCCCUACACAGCCACCUCAAAUGCAUAACCUACUUCCGCGACCGCAAAGCGCACAAACAAGCCGAAUAUGUGAACUCGAUUCUAUUAUACCCCUCCUUCACCCCUUUUAUCAUCGUCUUCACCCACGCAAUCACAACAACCAACACCGCAGACCUCCACCUGCUCCAGGAAACCGUCAAAUCGCUCGAGUUGAUAAAGGGUGUAUCCCGCGGCUCGUUGCAUCUACACGCCAUCUGCGCCUCCUUUGCCAAAGCCGCCCAGGUCCUUGUUGAUUCCCGACAGACGCUCACGGGGCUGGCGCAGCACCAGGACGGGAGCCUCGUUAUGCCUGCUGGAACGGGGGCGGGGGAUAUCGCGCUGCCGGAUGUGAUAUGGCCAGACGAUUCGUUUGAUCAGGUUGAUAUCUCAAUGUUUCUGAAUGAUUUUAUUGGGACGGGGAGGUCGGCUGUGGAGAUUUUGAGGGGGCUGAAUUGAUCACAUAUCAGCUAUCAAAUAACGUAUAAUACAAUUGAAUCAAAUAUUGAAUC